GAAAUGAACCCAUUUUUGUUAUUUGUUUUAAAAUUUUGAACAAUUAAGAAAAAUCAUUAUCUAUUGAGCUUUCAUUUACAAUUAAGGGUCUAUCUAAUUUAAUUCUAUCUAAUUUUAUUCGUCGUUAAACUCAUACCGGAAAUUUAGACAGACAGGAAGUGGUAAUAAAGGGCGGGACAUUUUUAAAAGUUGACUGUUGACUCAACGGCGUCUCACAGCAUAGUUACACUAAAAGAAAAGCCAUGACCUCAAAAAUACCUAAAAAACUCCAUUUACCAGGUGACAACAAGAAAAAUAAGGCCGAUUCCAAAGAUGCAGAUGCAGGCGUCGUCCAGAAACCUGAAGCCAAAGCGCAGAAGGAAAAUGUGCCAAAGAAAACUGUUGCUCCUAAAGUCCACAAAGGGACCACCAGGUACGGCCAACAGAUGGAGCUCAAGGAGCAAAAUCACCACCUGACUGCUGCAAACGAGGAGCUCCAGAAAAACUUAGCCGAGGCGCAGCACAGAGUCGCUGAGUUGGAGCUUCAGUUUGGUGAGCUUCAGAGGGAGAAUUCAGAAGUUCAGAAAAACCUGCAGAAUUGUCACAUUCUCCUAGUUUCUGCUAAAAUAGACCCAGUUUUGGGAGAGAAUGUCGGGGAUGCAGUGCAAAAGACUGAGGAAGAGAGAAAACAAGUGGUGAGUGUUUCCUCAGACUUACUGAGAGAACUGAAGUCCUUCGGUAACGCAGCGGCGCAUCAGCGGGCACAACUACAGGAAAUCCAGACAAACUUUGAGGAGCUCACAAAAGCUCGAGAACUCCUAAACCAGGAACGGGAGAACUUCAGUCUGCAAGCAGCUGAACUGCAAAAAGCCCUCAAAGAGACAGAAGAGCUUCUGCUGUAAAAUGGACUUGUUGAAGAAAAGAUCUGUAAAUAUGUCAUAAGUUUAAUGUCAGGAAAUAAAUCUUAUAAGGACUUUGAUAGAACUUCUUUCUGGUUUUGUGUAUUCUGAACAGUUUAGACAUCCAGGCUGGGAUUAAUGUAAAAAUAAACUUUUUUUUGUGUGUCUGUUUUUAAUUUAGUUCUUAAUAAAACGUCUAUAUAUUAUAUGAAAUUGAAACAGUUUUGCUACUUGUACAGACUCAAAAAGCAAAAUAAAAAGGAGGUGAACUGCA